GACAUUGCUCGGCCGUCGGCGUAUAACGUCUAUGAUAUGUGUUGUAUAAAUUGUCAAUGACCCAAUAAUUAAUACACAAUAGUGUCCUAGAGACAUCUAUACACGUUUCUCUCCCGUGUCCUCGAAAUUACAAUAAUUGCCAUUUUAUUCUCUAAACAAUUAUUUUGAUUUCGCAACAGUUUUUUAAGAAUUACUCGAGUGCGUGUGUCGCGUUGUAUGGCUCGUAAAAAUAAAGAAAAUAAAAACAUGGCUCUAUCAACCAUGCUACGAGAUGAAGGCGAUAGCAGUGAAGACGACUAUCGGCGCAAACGAGACAAGAACAAUCAGGCUGUUAAAAGAAGUCGAGUUAAAAGUAGAAUGCGUACACAGCAAACAUUGCAACGUGUGAAUCAAUUAAAAACUGAGAAUGAUAUGCUAGAAGAAAAAAUUAAACUUUUAAGUAAAGAACUAGGAUUUUUAAAAGAAUUAUUCAUGGCACAAGCUGGAACAUCACAAAUUGAACUCCCCAAAUCUGUUGACCUUAAGACAUUAUUGAGCGACACUACUUCAGACAUAUUGGAUAAUGAUUUAACAAAACCUCAAUCUUCAUCAUAAGUAUAAUAUAAUUUGUUUAAUUUUAUGGGCACAGCAUAUUUUAUAAGUAAAAAAAAUGUUAUGAGUCAUAUUGAUUUAAUAAUUUUUGUCCCAUACACAAGAAAAUAUUUAUUUGUUAAUAUUGAUUAAGUUAUGAAUUUUUAAUAGCUUAAAUCGUUUUUUUAACGGUUUCAUUAUUGUUUGUCCAAUUGUGUGUAUGUGUGCAAUAUUUAUAUUUAUUUUUCAAGCAACUAUACAAUUUGAAAAAAGUUUAAUGAAUGUUUAAUAUGUGUAAUCAUUAUGAGUUUUGAUUUCAACAUAAGGUAGCCUGCGGUGACAAAUGUCAGUUAUUAGUUUAUAUAACAACAUUAUUAAGUGAGUUUUUGUAAUGUUGUUUAGUAAUUCCCUGUUGUUCUUAUAUUAUCCUUAUAAGUAAACUAAUUUCUUGGUCCUUUAACAUAUUUUGACAGUUUCUCAAAAAAGUAGUAGUUCAGUUUUACUUUUAUAAUAACUACUUAAUUGUUUUAAUAAAAGGUCGGCUCAACAACUUAUCAUCACUAUCAUUCAAGAAUAUUAAUGAUUAUGAUGCAAGAGCAAGACYCAAUAUGGCAAUACUAACAUAUCAAUAUGAAAAAUUAAAUAUUUUUUUAUUGUACA